AUGCCCUGGCGGCCUCUGCCUCGCAUUGCUUUCGCAGUUGCCAUAUACCCCUUUCAACCUUCUUCGCCGGCAGAUCUCCCGCUCGAACUCGGCGAUGAACUGUACAUAAUCGAACAAGGGGGCGCCAAUGGCUCGUGGUUUCGGGGUUACCUUGUUGCGCCUCCUUCGCUGUUGGCUGGAUUGACGAGCGUGAAAGGUCAAACCCUGGAAGCUCGCGUGUUUUCAGGUAUCUUCCCGAGGAAUUGUGUGGAGAUUCGGGAAUAUCUGGGAGAUGCCGAAGGUCGCAAGCCGUUGGACAACGGUGAUGCGUCAUUGAUAAAUGGGAUUAAUAGUCACCAAGAAGAACUCGUCAAACAUCGCCAGGAUACUGCUGACAUACUGGAAGAUGUCCGACACAACCCACGAUCAGGUUCGGCCGCGACCUAUCGAUCUGGCUCUGUGCCGUUAACUCCUUCCUCAAUCGUUGCGCGGAACCCGAACGGUUCUAAACCAGCUGCUCCGGUGCCGAUGUUGAAGAUUGGAGACGAGACACCCACAUCUUAUGAGGAGCCUUUGGUUGAUGAGAUUGCCUCGUCUCUGCGGGAAUGGCAUUCAACAAACCUCCACGAGUUACUCUUGACCCGACAAUACGGGUCGGUGGAGACAAUGUAUAACGUCGUCUUAGACUUGGACUUAGCUAGGCGGCAACUGCUCCAUGAUGUGCUCACCUCCAAGGAGAAGAGCGCCGUGCGACAGACCACUGUGUGGAACUUGGUGCGCGGAAACAAGAUGCUCACGGGUGAGGUUAUUGUGCGAGACCCGAAAGAAAAUGGUCGGUUGCUUACGGGAGACGACUCGGCGAUCGAAUUGACCAAACUCCAGUCGGAGAUGAGUAUGUUUGACUCGGAUCCAAGGCAUCAGGGAGACGCAUCAACACUCCGUCAUCUCCUGCUCGAACUCAAGACAAUAGCUGGUUCUCAUGCUGGUCCGGUCACUUUGUCUUUGUACCUGUCAACAAAGGCAGAUAGCGGCGCGCUAAAGCCAUUAUCGGAAACCUACGUGCUAGAGAUUCAGUCUGCAGACAGUUUCAUGGCACUAGCUAAUAGCAGCAAAUUGAAAACUUUGUUCACGGAGCUAUGUGCUGCGGAUGUAGGCGACGGUGCCGGGGGAGAAGCUCAUUUAUAUCUUGUUGUUAUCGUGCAAUCAGCUGAACUACCUCGGCCCUCUCUUCCAUACGCCGCGCGGACAUCGAGUUCUCGGGAUGGCGGCAUGAAUCGCAAUCCUUCCAACAUGCAUAGCGUCAAGGGUAGCGUCAAGGGUCGUCGCAGCAUGGUUUGGACUGCCAAGUCUCCACGUCCUGGGCAGCCAGAAACCAUUAGGGAAACUCCUCCGAGAAGCUCAGAUUCUGCUAAUUCCCAGGGCCAAGGGGAGAAUGCCACGCUCAAAGAUGCAACCGUCAUACGUACGGUGGGAGCAGGUAUCUUAGAUGUUGCACAUAUCGUCAGACAAAAUAGCGAGGCGGAGCAUGUCAUCAAUAUCUGGUCACCUCUAGGUGAAGAUGUCGAGGAAGGUGGCAAUGAUCUCGAGGGCUUCGAUGAGCUUAUUCGAAUCGUUUUACCAAGCUCGUCUGGUCGAUAUUUCAAGUGUUAUCAAGCCUCUCAGCUUCACCUUCACUUCUAUCCAUUCAUAGACUCCGAUGCUGAUGCUCUCGUGCGAAACAAUCCCACAUUAAUGCAUAAUGUGACUCAAACCCGGAGAAUGGGUUUCGCAGCUGCCCCGUCACAGCCGAGAUCAGACAUUUACUUGACUAUUUCUCGUGCCAAAUUCCCUUGGCCAGCUUUGCUCUGCCAUCCUCAAACUGGACAAGUGCCUGUUCCCGUCCAUACAGGCUUUCGCAACUUGCAGUUGACGCUUGAAGUUCGCAAUGGCAGCGGAGCUCGUUUGGAGCGGUGUAUCUUUGCUUCCUCCAAUAGCACAGGUCACACUGCUUGGCGGACUACUGUCACGGAUAGAAAUUCUUCGUGGAAUCAGACCAUUCGCCUUAACAUACCGACUGAACAGGUCCCAGGAGCUCAUGUAAUCAUGAGUAUAGCCGAUGCACCCGAAUUUCCAUUCGCGCUUUGCUGGCUACCUUUAUGGAAUCAACAAGCGUUCAUUCAUGACGGACCCCAUUCAUUGCUUCUUCAUGCUUAUGACAAGGUAACAUCGAGCGUGGACGAGGAAGGAAGAGGCGCAUAUCUUAGCCUCCCUUGGAGCUCCCUGCACAAAAAUUCUUCCAUUCCAGACGAGUCGGUGACAGGUCCGCUAUCUACUGUUCACGUUGAAACAAAUCUCUGCAGCACCGAAUACUCUCAGGAUCAAAUCAUAUUGGGGCUCAUUAGUUGGAAAAAACAAACUGGAAAUGAGGUACUGGAGCUUCUUCGACGAGUCCUCUUCGUCCCACAGAUUGAGAUUGUCAAACAGUUACGAGAUGUCUUUGAUGCCCUGUUUGGAAUUCUUGUUGAAAAUGCCGGAGGCGAGGAAUACGAAGACUUGAUCUUCAACGCCUUGGUGACGGUAUUAGGCAUUACCCACGAUCGACGGUAUAACCUUGGCCCACUCGUGGAUCAUUACACGGAAAAUCAGUUCAACUUUCCCUUUGCAACUCCAUGCCUGAUUCGAAGUUAUCUGCGACUUUUACAAUCCCAUGAUACCCCACAACAGUCACGAAAUCUUCGUGCGGCAUUCAAAGUUGGACGGCACUUGUUAAAGUUUAUCAUCAAUGCUCGUGAACAGCAAAAGCUUAAGGAAGAGGGAAUCGGUGUCACCAAGGUCCAACCGACAUUCAACCGUGACCUGCAUUCAAUAUUCAAGUCCCUUGAGGCAUUAAUGCGGAAUCCGUCCCCGGUCUUGGUUGGAACGAAAACUCUAGUGGUGCAACAUUUUCACUCGUGGCUUCCCGAGCUUACAAAUGUCCUGCCUAAAGAUGAGAUUAUUAUGAUUGCGUUGAGUUUCAUGGACUCAUGCAAGGAUGUCAAAGGCAUGCUCAUCUUGUACAAGCUCAUUUUAAUUCAGAAUUACACAAAGCUUGAUGUUUUCGCAUCCGGCGAGGAUAGAGAAACUUUGAUUUCAUGUUGCUUCAGUUGGCUCGACCCAUACUGGGGCAACACUGGUGAAGUCUCUGAUCAGUACCGUGAUCAAGUGCGUCUUUGUGCUUCAAUUGUGGCGGAAUUUUCGAAACAACCAGAACGGCAGCUAUAUACGUUUAUGCAUAAAAUCACAUCAUCUUACUGUGCUGUUGUGUUAGAGGGUGUUGACGAUACCGACUAUCUCUCCAUGCUCUAUUCCAAAUCAUUCCCGUUCCAAGUCAAGGCCUCUGAUCGCAAACAAAAAUUCGAUGAGGCGCUGGUUGAACUGGCUGGUCUGAUGGCUGCCAUCUCGAACAUCCAUGAUCCAAAAUUACCUAUUCUGAAACCGGAUGACAUGGCAUUGUUCAUAUUCAAUUCUCUAGAAGCACAUAGGUCUAUAAUAAGCUGCGAAGCUUAUCCUGAAGACUGGUUAAGUCUGCACAUAUACAACCACCGUUCUGCUGUCAAGAAUCUUGAGAAUCUGUCGUCUAUAUUGAUUGAAUCCUUCCUCCCUCCUCCAGAUGAGGCUGAUAGCUUUGAUAUGAAACUGUGGGAGCUCUUUUUCACGACUCUGUUGAAAGUGGUAUCAAGCGAAGCACUUGCUCUCGAAACGUUUCCCGAACAAAAACGCAGGGCAGUCUGGAAGAUUGGUGGUGACGUUCGCGAACAGGGCGCUGCCCUGUUGCGACAAACCUGGGAAGCAAUUGGAUGGGAGACGAGCGAAGAUGAGAGAGCAAAAUACGCCCUGAACAAAUUAGGUGGCUACCAAGUGCAAUAUGUCCCAAGCCUUGUUCCCGGAAUCAUCGAAUUGUGCCUGAGCGUCCAUGAAGGCCUUCGUCGGGUCGCCGUUGAAGUUCUACAGACCAUGAUCAUCAGCGAAUGGGAUCUCACCCAAGAUCUAUCCAUCAUCGAAAUGGAAAUAGUCACUAGCCUUGAUGUACUAUUCCAGACUAAGCAUAUGAACGAAAGCAUCACACAGAAACUUUUUAUCACUGAGCUGCUAGAUCUUUUUGAAAAGAUUCAAGAUUCUGACGAAGCUCUGGCUACGGAUGCCAAGGGUUUGAUAGGUACAAUCGAUGAACUGCUUGAACUGUUAGUAGCGUGCAACAGUGGCGGUAUCACAGAAAGCCUUCAUGCCUUGCGGCUUAUGGAGUUUAUGAAAGAUAUGGAUCGGGAGGAUAUUUUCAUUCGAUAUGUUCAUGAGUUGGCCCAAACGCAAGCUACAGAGCACAACUACACACAAGCUGCUCUUGCCCUACAAUUUCAUGCCGAUCUCUAUACAUGGGAACCAACAAGAAUGGUUCCUGCGUUAACAAAUCCGGCAUAUCCAGAACAGUCCGCAUUUGACAGGAAGGAGGCUCUAUAUUUUAAGAUCAUUCAACAUUUCGAAGAUGGAAAGGCUUGGACACAUGCACUUGCCUGUUACAAAGAGCUUAUCGAACAGUACGAGCAUAUCGUGAUGGAUUUCACGAAGUUGUCUCGAGCACAGGGUUCAAUAGCCAAGAUUUAUGAAUCGAUUUCCAAAGAAGACAAGGCGUUUCCCCGGUACUUCCGCGUUUCUUACCGAGGUUUGGGAUUCUCAGCUACCUUACGAGAUAAGCAAUUCAUUUUCGAGGCGUUGCCGAACGAGCGCAUGGCAUCCUUUACGGAUCGCAUGCAGAAACUACAUCCGGCUGCGCAGAUCACCUCGUCCCACGAAAUUGAAGAUAUUGAAGGCCAAUUCCUGCAGAUUAGCGCUGUCAGUCCUCAUAGAGAGGUUAUGCAUCCCGUGUAUCAACGCUCCAAGGUGCCUCACUCGGUGCGCGAGCACUUGCUCAUAUCGGUGCCACUUCAAUUUUCCCACACUUCGAAGCGCCACACUAGUGGGUUGAAUGUGAAGGAGCAAUGGGUUGAAAAGACCAUCUUCACUACAGCGGAACCGUUCCCUAAUAUCCUUCGUCGAAGCGAGAUUGUGGCUACCGAUGUAGUUGAGUUGACUCCACUGCAGACGGCUAUUGAGCGAACAUGGCGUAAAACUCAGGAACUGCAUUUGCUUGAACAACAUGCUAUCUCAGGCGAUGACUCGACGCUAUCAGGUUUGACGGAAGCUUUGGUGCAACUCCUUGACUUGGGAGCCACUCAUUCAAGCUGUGUUGCGAUUUAUCGCCCUUUCUUGGCCAAUGAAAAGGAGGAUGGCAAUAAUGAGCCGGGCGAAGAGGAGGAAGAUGAGGCUGAGCAGAAACCAAUCGACCCACUAGAGAACGCACUUGCUGUGGCUUUGAUCGACCAUGCGCUUUCGAUUAAGCGGUGUCUGUCCUUGUACUCUCGACCAUCUCAUCAAGCGACCCAGAUCGAACUUCUUGCUAGAUUUGAAGACGCUUUUGGACCGGAGAUAGCCUCGCUAGCCGCACACGUGCAAACCCUUUCGCCCCCUCAGAGCGCCAACCCCUCCAGUAACCGGUCCACUCCACGGGCUAACGGACAUGGCUCGGACCUUGCUGGGCGCUCAUUCAGUCCCGAGCAGGAACUUAUUCGCACAUCCCGGUCUAACAGUCAACGAAGACACACUGCUAAGCCUUCUCUGAGUCACCGUAUCAGUAUCGCGAAUCCGUUCAAGAGAGCCACGCACCAUGCAUCGUCUUCUGUAACAACGGCGAAGGAUACCCACCAAUCCCCAGAUCUAAGGCAAUUAGCAGAUGCGCAAUCUAGUCGCCAAUCCAUCAACCUCCAGGACCGUGACGAUGACGCGGUAACAGUGCACUCCCGCGCCACGGCUAAGAGCGAGAAGCGACGAAGCUGGUUUGGUGGUAGUGAUGCGAAACCGAAGCAUAAAGCCACGCCUUCAGUAACUGGGGGGUAUGCUGGUGAAGAGCAGGUAGACCAACAACGCAGAGACCGCUCAAGAGACCGCUCAAGAGCCCGCAGCGCGACGAACAAGUCAACCAAAUCUCAUGAUGAAUCAAACCAGCCUCGCAUACGACAUAGCAGACUAGAAUCGAAAAAGAGUACACCCGUCUUGGCUACUGGUGGAUGGGACACUGCCCAAACGGCAUUGCCUCGAACAUCUCAGUCUGACAAUCGUCCUAAUACGUCUGAGAGGUUCGGGUAUCCUGACAAGAGCCUCACAUCUACAGUGACAAUAUCAGCCGGUGGUUCCAAUAGCCAAAGCAAUGGCAAUAAUCCAAACAAUAAUGCUUCGACUGUUUCAACCGGAGGUGUCCGAGAUUCCGUGAAGAAGCGAUUCAGCUUACUGAAGGGCAUCAACAAGAAAACAAGCCGCAUGAAUGUUCGCGAAGGCGGUGGCGUCCUAACCGAGUCUCUGCGUGAGGAGUGA